AUGCGGUUGUAUCUGCCUUGUAGACGUGUGAUCCUCAAUUUCAACGCUAGUCGUGAUUUUAACACAAAAUCUACAGAUGACUCAAAUGUCAAGACACCACCAUCGACCACUGUUUUGAGUGGACGACGCACUAAUACAUGUUCUAAGUGGUAUGCAAAGCAAGCUGACCAACGUCUUCUGUUUCCUGAGGAUAUCCUCCACAUCAACUCUGGGCAACUCUUACAUUCUAAAACCCUAAAUUUACCAGCAAGCUCAGUCGAUAUGUUUUUCGGGUGUAUGCGUGUGGCGGAUUCUAUGCGCUGGGAUCUCGCUGCCCUUUUUAAGCAGAUGCCGUUUUCUGUGAAGAUCGAAGUGGUAUGCAGGAUGCUCCAGAAGCGAGACGACGAGGUAUGUGAUGAGCCCUGCUCCAAGCAUUUGAGAUUGAAUUAUAUGCUCCAGACAAUUGUGGAGGAGGCAACAACAGAACCAAGGGAUGAGGCGUGGCUAGCACGUGUUAUGAUGUGCUUGGAUGAAACUCAUAUAGAUAAUAUCGGAAAAGAUUUCUCAACAUUGCGACAGAUGCUGAAGAUGUCAUUAUUUUUCUUGCCCCUUAGCAUUUUACCGCACGGUCAUCACGACAGGCUUCUGUAUCACGUGCUUCGGUUGGGGGAGCGGGUGUUCAACGACCGUUGGAAUGAAUGGUCUGAGGUGCUUGCGGAGGCAGGCCUGGGUUUUGAGGCGUGCGCCUAUGCUUACGCAGACUCUUUGGGCGGGUUUAUAGAGCCACAGCGCAGGCCCUUUAAAAAGGGUUUCGGGAAUGCGGUGCUGGAGGCACUAGCUCAGCCCAAGUCCUUAGUCGAGACCAUUCAGAGGCUUUCCACAUGUAUGCCUCGAAUUUUAGCACGUUACACGCACUGUCUUACGGCUCUUUCGAUUAUGCGGCAAUCACACGAGUGCCUUCAAAGCUCUUGUCUCACAGAGAGCCACUUUUUUUUUCCAUAUGAGCUAGUGGAAACCUCUAUGAACCGACUUGAAUUUGCAAGUCUUAUUCAUUUCACCUUGUUUGCUGGAAAUUCUCAGACUGCAUACCUGCUGCUGACGCAAUGUACUACACCUAAGCAGAUUGCGACAGUGAUGCACCACACUCGUGAUGCCGGACACUUUUUGAGUCUAAAGGCCCUCACAGAACUGCUGUUUUUCAGUCCGUCUGGGCGUGCUUAUGUUGUGCUGCAACUAAAUGAGGCUGAAGCACCACUCCUUUUUGAUGUAAAGUCUCAUCGUCUAGACUUUGAAACAAGCAUCGAAGCUUUUUGUACUCAACCUGGCGGCAUUCAGCGCACACGAGCCAAAAUCGCAACGUAUCAAUGGAAGGAGGUUUACAAUGUGCUGCAAGAUGUGUUGCCACGUUCAGUCCUGAGCACUGGGUGCCAAUCACUGGAGAUAUUACUAACAAAUGUCCCCAUCUCAGCUAUUCCUUUUGUGGUUAGCACCUUCUCUCCGUUCACGUCAGAGCUGGUUUCGUGGUGGGCUUCAUUAUAUAUCCAUUCUGGAAAUAGUGAUGCCGCUAUGAGAUUACUGAGCUGCAGCUUAAGUCGUAAUGUGUUUCCAGAAAUGUGGGUUUUAGUGGAGCUCCUGGAGUUUCACCGAAAUCACGAUAAGACCCUCAGGUCAUGUGUUGAGCUUAUCAGGUCACAGUUUCCUGCACUGUCAACCGCGGUUUUUAGAGCUUUUGUGGAGCGCACUGCUUACCUCCAGGGUGUAGGACUAAGUGACAAAGGCAUCGCAGCCCAAGCACUAGAGCUGCUGUCGAGUGUUGCGAUUCUGGGUCUGUCACAUUACCCUGCAGUGUGUAUUCAGCAAAUAUUGGAGAAGGCCCCGACUCCUGUGGUAGGAGUUAUGCUGCAGUUUAUGCAAGGCGAAGGGUCAAAGGCAUUUAAAAAUACACCGGCACCUCUUCAUGUCGGGGUUAUUGAACGCCUGGUCGCGGCAGCCCAUACUCUCGGACUCAACCCCAAGUUAGAUGUUUAUGUGGUAAUUGAACCCUCUAAAGAAUUAACUUGGUGGUCGUCCCAUGGCCUUCCGUCCACAAAAUGUGCGGUGCAUCGUUUGUACAGUACCCAGGCUACGGGGUUAUGGCCACUAGCCUUUGAGCGCAUUCACUCCACAUCACACUUCAAAUUAAUGGAAGUACACCAGGCAGUUCGUCUCAUAGCUGUCGGUUGCAGUAGCGCUAGGACGGUGCGUGAGGCUGUGUGCACCUCGCAAGAUUAUCUCUUAGGCAAUCCUAAUUCAUCCAGCCUUUUACAGCGCCAAAACGAGUCCAGUUUAAUCACGACUCUGGCGUGUGUUGCUUCGUCACUCACCGCACGAGGGGAGUGGGAGGCCUCACUGGAACUCAUCAGUCCAUCCGUGACAGAUUUGCCUCCCCUGUUGCGUAUCGUAAAGUUUCAGGCGCUACUCCAUGAUCCUCAGGCCCGGGAGCUUGCCGAAAUGAAUUUGGAAGAUAGCAUACAUGCCUUUGUCGAGGCUAGUGAAGAGGCAAAGACUCAUCGUUGUCCACACCAUUCAUAUAGAGGCCGGAGCUUUCGCAGAUUCCGAUUCCGAACACACUCACCACGUGUGAUAUUAGGGCGAAAAUGCUGCGUCGGCCGACCCUGGCAGAGUUAUUUGGCAUUCACUAAGCCUUUACGGAAACUUCUUACGAAAUGUGAGAAUAAUGCCCUUAUUUCUUAG